CCCUCACUUGGACUUCUCACAACCCUUAUCAAUGGAAAGGUCAUUUACCAACUAAAACGACAUUUCAUUCAUGAGUAUACGGUUUAGCUCGACGUUUGCAUAAUAGAGAAUACUAUUCUUGGCAAGUGUGAGAUCGUAUUCUAACUCCCAUAAGCAUGGACACGUUAACAGUAAAGGGGAUCACGGUGGACAUGCUUGUAAAAUGGCAAGAGGGUGCCGAGGAAGAAAUAUUGAUCUUGGAUAGCAGACCCUUUAUUUCCUACAACGAAGGCCAUAUUGUCACCGCAACGAACGUUCAUUGCCCCCCAAUCCUGAAACGACGGUCGGGGGGAUUCGUGGCCCUCGAGAACAUCGUCCCAUGUCGCACGAAGAGAGAGAAGCUGGAAAAUGGCGAGUUCAAGCGGAUCAUUGUCUACGACGAGGACACGGUCGAUUUAGAAUUGUCAGCCAGAGAUUCUAACCUCUAUUCUGUGUUAAAAAGUCUUCGACAGCAAAUUGAAGUGGGCGAACUCUAUUAUAUUAAAGGAGGAUACAAAGACUUCUCUUCCACAUAUCCAGAACUGUGUGACUGUCAGUCCAAGCUGACCAAUACUCUUAAUGUGGAACCUGACAAUGUACACAGACAGGAGGCCCCAGUGGAAAUCCUCCCCUUUCUUUACCUGGGGAACUUUCAGGAUGCAUCCAAUUUGGAACUUCUACAUCGCCUGGGAAUUACCUCUUUAAUGAACGUAUCCACUAAGUGCAAGAAUCUCUUUGAGCAGGACUUCAAUUACAUGAACAUUCCUGUGGAUGAUAACCCCAACGCAGAUCUGGCAGCCUGGUUCCCACAGAGUAAUGCUUUUAUAGACACAGUUCGAGAAAGUCAUGGCAAAGUAUUAGUGCACUGUCAAGCCGGUGUGAGCCGCAGCGCCACCAUAUGUCUAGCCUAUCUCAUGUACACGGCCAAAGUGGGGCUGGAAACCGCCUUCGAACACAUCAAAUCUCGUCGAAGUGUCAUAUCUCCAAAUUUAAACUUCAUGCGACAGCUAGAAAACUACGAGAAAGAAAUCAAAUCUCACGAUGGGACUUUAAAUAGCUCAGUGUCUGAUUCUUCUAUGGACAGUUCAAUGGACACUUCCUCCAAUGAAACGGCUAGCAGCUCCAGUUCCGGCCUGCAAUCCACAGGUUCCAGCCUUUCCCAGGGGCAGGUGUUUGGGAGUGGGGCUUUUGACUUUACCUUCAGUCCAACGUUCUCCUCCCCCAAUACCCCACUCCUGUCUCCAAGUUAGCCCCCCUCCUCUCCCCCUACAUCAUCUACCCCCCUUUGUUCAAUGUUAUAUCAUGUAGCCAAAGUUUCCUGAUUUUCGUUGUAGUUUUUUUUUGUCAUACUUUAAAUUACACUGUGCCAAAGGCCUCUGCAUUAUAUGAUUAGAGGCAAUUCUUAUGUUUAUUCAAAUGAAUGUAACAAGUGGAUUUUUUUUUUCUUGGAUGGCCAAAAAUUCCACCACGGGAUGGUGCUACUUAAUAAAAUAAGGCUUCAAAGAAGUCUACCGUCCAGCUUAUGUAACCAAAAAAUUAUUCCACCAAAAAAUGUCAACUCUCCAGUGUAUCACUAAUUCAAUUUAAUUAAUUUCUGUAUGAUACUUCUUUUACAAUCACAAAAGUUUAUGGAUUUUUGUUCAUGUACAGAGCCCAGUCCAAAGAUCUGAUCAUUUUCUUUUGACAAAUUUGAGAUUUUGUGAUUUUAUUUGGUUUUUUUUUUUUAUCUAAGUGAAUGUUAUAGCCUAAGAUUUCUACACUAUAUAUUCAGGACAAAUAUUUUACAAUCAUGGGACCAGUAAUUUUCUCAGGCAAUUUAAUUAACAAUUCCAAUUAAGGCACUCUCUGCAAUAUUUGUUUUGAUCCCUUUGGGGAAUUCUAUUUGUAAUUUGAAUUCAUAUUCAUC